GAUAGCAACAGUGGGACCAGGUUUUUUUAUUCCUUUCCCAUUUUCGCCAUAACACGAACAAAACCCGCAGCGAGAUGCGACUGAUUCGCAUCACGGCGCUGCGCCAGCGCCUGGCCGAUAAGCUGGUGAUGCCGGAGCGACUGAAGGACACGUUCGUGGAGAAGUGGAUCAAGUACUGGAACGGCCUGAUGCGCGACUACUCGGAGGUGGCGGUUGGCGUGGUCCGUGAAUCCUACGCCAAACCCAAGAAGGCGCUGUUCUAUGGCACAGGGCUGGUCCUGCUUUACCAGAGCGCUGUGAACAAUCCCGGCGAGGAUUGUUUCAUGACGCUGCUGCGCCGGGACAGCAACAGAAUGAUAACGGUGGCCAAGGAUCAGCAGAAUCCCGUAGCUACGGAAUACCUGCGCACCUUGGAACAGGCCAUUAACCAGAAGAAGCUUCGCCUGCUAUCGCUGGGCAUCUGCACGCUGCUCUGGGUGGAUCUGUACGAUGAAGACGACUGCACAUAUCCGGCCAUCUGCGAGUAUACAAAGGUGGGCUUCCUCAACUUCCACGAGCGCGUCAUCGAUGUGGGCUUCUGGAACGAGUUCUGGCGCCUCAAGUGGAAGAUGCGCAACUUCGAUGUAAAUUACCUGUGAGGGAUCUGGAACCGGGAUCUCUUUGACGCUGCCUUAAGUUUAACUAUAAUCUUACGAUGUUGUUGCUCCCUGUUUAAACCAAAAAAGAAUACAAUGUAUGUUACGCAUUUAGCAUUUUCUGCUAACAUUUAUAAUGUAA